AUGGCCAAUAGUAUUCGAGCUCAUGAGCUCCGCAAAUACUACAACCCACGAGUGCUGCCUCCGACCGAAGAUGCUCGAGAAGCGAAGCCGCCCCCCGAUUGUUCGACGGGAUCGAUGAUAUCCCAUGAUGCUCUCACAGCAUUCACGCAAGUAGUGAGCGCGCGGCUGGGGGUCUUGGGAGCCUUCGUGACUUUGACGGAUGGGAGCACUCAACAUCUCAUAGCGGGAAGCGUGGACAACUUCGAAGACUAUCUCGACGCAGGGGGCAAUGUUACGGCUGCGGCGUGGUUCAACGAGCCCGAUGCUACCGAAGGAUGGCUUUUACUGGCGCGACGGACGUUGGAGAGAUCGCCAGGUCCGGCCGCGCAGCGCUGUUUCUGCAUUCCCGAUCUGACCGUAGAUGAGUAUACCAAGACGCUAUCGUCUGUUACCGAACCACCAUCUCUCAGGUUCUACGCGGCUGCACCCAUAAUCACAAGACUCGACAUCUGCAUCGGCGCCCUUUUCGUUGUGCAUGAUAGCGCUCGACAGGAGCUCUCGGAACAAGAGGCGGCGUUUCUGCAAGAUAUGGCGAAGAAGUGUAUUAGACACCUGGAGAUGGCACGCGAGGUCGAGGCCAAGCGUCGAGGGCUAAAGAUGUCCGAAGGGAUUGAUUCUUUCAUUCAGCAUCGAGAAACCGGAGUUCCUGACGCUUCUGUGGAAAGCCCAUCGCCCCAGUCGACAGAAAGUAAUAAGAAAUUCACGCCGGGUAUCAGUCCGCAGUCACAAUCAGUAGGCAAAUCGACAAACAUACCGCAAGACAGGCGGCCUCCAGAGGCAGACGAGGACUCGAAAGUGGAACCCGAGCAAUCACUCUCAUCCUCCCAGCAGGCAAGGAAAGGUCACGGUCACGAUGCUGUGCAUGGUGAAACCACUUAUCGGAAGACUUUCAAACGCGCGGCAGCAUGUUUGCGGAACUCCUUAGAGGUGCAUGGGGUCAUGUUCGUUAAUGGAUUCGUUGGGUUCCAUGGUGGCCUGCUACCCGUCGGCGAACCUGAGCUGGAACUUGAGCGUGAAAUGACGCAAACGCAGAAAGGGAAGCAAACGAAGGACGCCGCGAUGAAUGGCGAUACAUCGAACGAAGGCGCACGUAUAUUUACCAGCGCAGACUAUACGGAUACUGUUUACACGCACAGAGCAGCAGAGAUACUUGGAUGUGCGAUUCAGAAAGGACGAACAAUGCCUCCCACCACACAGGUGACCGAGAGUACCAAAGGCUUGGCUCAUAUGGAUGAGGGCUUCCUACAACACCUUCUGGAGCGUCACUCCGAGGGGAGGACCUGGUAUUCCGAUGAAGCAGGAAACCCAUUCUGCUUCGAUGGCGAUGCGCUUAUUUCAGAUGAAGACCAAUUUGAAGACGCCAACCACAUAUUCUCAUGUUUCCCGGGCGCACGCCAAGUCAUCAUGUCGCCCUUGACUGAUCCGAUAACAUUCAAACAUCUAGCAGGAUGCUUUGCCUGGACUUACGACGUAUUUCCAGUCCUCACUGACGCAACCGAUCUCACUCCAAACAAGUCCUUCCUUCAUACCAUGGUGGCAGAGAUAUCCCGGCUCGACAGUGUCGCUGCGGUCAAGCAGCAAGCGUCUUUCGUCUCCUCCGUCAGUCAUGAGCUUCGAUCCCCUUUGCACGGUAUCCUUGGCGCCGCAGAGUUACUUGCCGAAACGCACCUUGAUCACUUCCAGAAAGGAUUGGCGGAUGUCAUACGAUCCUGCGGGUCCACCCUUCGAGACACGCUCAGUAAUGUGCUUUCAUACGCAAAGAUUAACGAUCUCGAGCAGAAACAGAACAGACCUCAACAGAAUCGACCGAGUGACUCUCCGUGGGCUUUAGAGAACAAGGCUCAGGAAGCUGUACGGCAAGAUGGAUCCUCUUCGGGGCUCUAUGUGUCUACGGAUAUUGCAAUGCUUUGCGAAGACAUUGUGCAAGUGCUAGAAAGCGGCCGCUCCUACAGUACUUCUACCUCCGAUACUGCUCCGACUGUGACCCUAAAUAUAGCCUAUCAUGAGGCAUGGGUUUUCGUGACCGAGCCAGGCGCCCUCCGCCGAAUCAUGAUGAACAUCAUCGGCAAUGCCAUGAAAUAUUCUCCGAAUGGUGUCGUGGUCGUGUCAUUGGACGUUCGGGAUGCUAAAGAGCUCGAGCCACAAGAUGAGACUCGCCCAGAAUUGCGUGACAAAAACGGAGUCGAAAAGAAGAUUGUUGUUUUCACUACGAAGGAUACCGGCAAGGGCAUGUCCAAGGAUUUCGUUGAGAACCGGCUUUUCUUGCCUUUCCAUCAAGAAGACGCGAUGAAGUCUGAAGGCGUAGGCCUGGGUAUGUCCAUUGUCAAGAGCUUGGUCUCCCUAUUGGCCGGGAAGAUCGAGGUGAAAAGUCAAGUGGGUGAAGGGUCGGAGUUCAGGGUCAGCAUACCCAUGGCGCCUGGUAAGGUCACGCAACAGGAAUCUGGUGCUCCGACUAUUGAGCAAAGCCUCACAAUCCUUCGGAGUAAAAAUCUCAACAUAGCCAUUUGUGGCUUCGAGCACACGACUUCACGGUCCCUUCGAGCCUACCUUGUCGAUUGGUUCAAUUGCACAGUGGUUCCCUUGGGUGACGAAGAGUCACACCCGGACAUUGUGAUUGCGGACGGGACAGGCAAAAAUACGCUCGAAGAAAUCUGCACUCAGCUGAGAGCCUGUAGGCGACGUUUGGCCGUGCUAACCAUAUGUACCGGCCCCCUAAAACCGGCGAGCUCGAAACACGUUGCCGAAAAACACAUAUGGGAGAGAAUCUCACGCCCUUUUGGCCCGAACAAACUCUCCAAAGCUCUGCUGAGAUGUCUCGAGCGAUUACAGGAUCUUGAUCAGUCGGAGACUGAGACUAAUGGCUUCGAGGAACAGCAACAACAAUCGCCAUCAUCCAAGCGCUCGUACUCUAGGGCAUCCAUCAAUACAACCUCCGGCUCCGCAACCGCAGACAGGAACACAUCUCAGGAGCACAGCUUUGAAACACGCUUCAUCGCCGCCUCCCAGAUCAACACCACCGCCACCCCUACCACCAAGAGCGGUCCCAGUAUGCUGCUUGUUGAGGACAACGUGGUCAACCUCAAGCUCUUGAACACUUUCGUGUCAAAGAAGGGAUACAUGGACGUCGAAACGGCAGCAGAUGGCUUGCAGGCUGUUCAAGCGGUCGAGAGACGUGCUGAGGGGUUUGAUAUCAUCAUCACCGAUAUCUCCAUGCCAGUAAUGAACGGCUUCGAAGCAUCGCGCAGGAUACGCGAGCUGGAACGCGAACGCGGCAGCUCCGCUUCAUCGAAGUCACGGAAACCUGCACUGCUAGUAGCCCUGACGGGGCUGGCGAGCGCCAAUGAUCGGGACGAGGCGCUACGUAGCGGUGUGGACAUAUUCAUGCCAAAACCAGUGCGGUUCGAGAAGCUUAGGGAGCUGCUUGCGCAGUGGAAACGAGGGGAAAUUUCUGGCGGGAGCGGCAUAGAAGCUGACUCUGACAACAAGGUAUCACCAGUCUUGGGAAGGGGUUGA